ACUAGGCCAGUGGAGAAAACCGGUCCAAAGCAGCUGUCCAUACCUUGGAAGGUCAUCUCUCCGGCGCUGCAGCAACCCCGCGCUGCGCUAAGAGCCCCAGAUCCGGCGCUGAGAUCUCGCGGAUCACCGGCGGCCAUGGUUGUGCCUUAUCCCUUGCCCACCCCACGCUCCCCUCGCCCCGACUCAGCGGACGCAACCGCUGACUCACCCCCGUCCCUCGAUUUCGGCGACCACGCAUCCCUCGCCACCCUCCGCGGCCUCACCGACGCAGGCGCCGCCACCCGCCUCCUCCACGAGUGCGUCGCCUACCAGCGCGCCCUCGACGCCCGCCUCGAUGCGCUCCUCGCCCGACGCCCCGAUCUCGACCGCGCCGCGGCUUCCCUCCUCCGCUCCGCCCCGCCGCUUCUCUCGCUCGCCGCGUCCGACGCCGCCGCGCUCAGGGAGUCUUCGUCGUCCACCGCAGCGCUAGCCGACGCACUCUCCUCCCGUGUCCGCCAUCUCGAUGCGGCGCACUCGCGCGCCGAAUCCGCGCUGGCCCGCGCCGAGGCGGCGCUCGACCGCUCCCGCGCGCUCGAUGCUGCGCGCCGAGCCCUGGCGGCCGACGACCUCACCGCCGCUGCCAGCGCAGCCCACGAAUUUCUCGCCAUCGAUGCACGGUUCCCCACUGACGAUGACCUCCGGCGCGACCUACUAGACAUCAAGCGCCGAGUCGAGGGGCUUGCACGACGAAGGCUCGCUGCUGCAGUCGAGGCCCAGGACCACCCUGCCGUGCUGCGCCUUGUCCGCCUCUUCCCUCUCCUCGCCCUUGCGGACGAGGGUCUGCAGGUCUACGUUGCCUACCUCAAGAAGGUUGUUGCCCUCCGCGCCCGUGCCGACUUUGAGCACCUGGCCGAGCUAAUCUCUGCAACCCAGCCUACCACGGAGCAGCCUGAUUUUGUUGGCUGCCUCACCCGCCUCUUCAAGGAUAUUGUGCUUGCUGCUGAGGAGAAUGAUACGGUGCUUCGUGAGCUACGGGGUGAGGAUGGUGUCGCCUAUGCUAUUAUUGAGCUGCAAGAAGAGUGUGACUCAAGGGGCACCCAGAUCCUGCGUCGUUAUGCGGAUUACCGAAAGCUUGCUCGUCUUUCAUCCGAUAUAAACUCCUACACCAAGAACCUUCUUUCUGUUGUGGGUUCUGUGGCCAAUGCUGCAGCUGGUAAUGAAGGGCCGGACCCAAGGGAGGUUGAGCUUUAUCUUGAGGAGAUUCUUGCAUUGACACAACUUGGUGAAGACUAUACUGAGUUUAUGGUGAACAAGAUCCGUACAUUGCGAGAUGUCAAGCCUGAGCUUGGGCCGCAAGCAAUGAAGGCCUUCCGUAAUGGUAGCUUUAACAAAAUGGAGAAGGAUUUGACUGGGUUUUAUGUGAUCUUGGAGGAAUUCUUCAUGGUGGAAAAUAUAAGGAAGGCCAUUCGGAUUGACGAGCCAAUGCUUGAUGGUCUCACAACCUCAAUGGUGGACGACGUAUUCUUUCUACUUCAGAGCUGCUGUCGGCGGGCAGCAUCCACUGCAAGCAUAAACUCUGUACUUGCUGUGAUUGGUGGGGCAACGAGCCUGCUGAGCAAUGAGUACCAGGAAGCACUGCAGUGGAGAAUGAGGGAGCCAAACUUGGGUGCAAAGCUCUUCCUAGGUGGUGUUGGAGUUCAGAAGACUGGGGAGGAGAUUGCGACUGCGUUGAACAACAUGGAUGUGAGCUCAGAGUAUGUGCUGAAGCUCCGUCAUGAGAUUGAAGAGCUCUGUGCAGAGAUAUUCCAUGCUCCUGCUGACCGAGAGAAGAUCAAGUCCUGUUUAUCAGAGCUAGGAGAGAUCAGUGCUUCCUUCAAGAAGAUCCUUUAUUCUGGACUGGAGCAUUUAGUGGCAUCUGUGGCUCCCCGCAUUCGUCCUGUCCUUGACACUGUUGCCACAGUUAGCUAUGAGCUGGAUGAUGCCGAAUAUGGGGAAAAUGAGGUGAAUGACCCAUGGGUGCAGAAACUUCUCCUUGCAGUUGACACUAAUGUGGUAUGGCUCCAGCCAUUGAUGACAUCGAACAACUAUGAUUCCUUUAUUCACUUGAUCAUCGACUUUAUUGUCAAGAGGCUUGAGGUGAUCAUGAUGCAGAAGAAGUUCAGCCAGCUCGGGGGCUUGCAGCUCGACAAGGAGGUUCGUUCUCUAAUUAAUCAUUUCUCAGAGAUGUCCCAGAAACCAGUCCGAGACAAGUUCUCAAGGAUUUCUCAGAUGUCAACUAUUCUGAACUUCGAGCGAGUAUCUGAGAUACUGGAUUUCUGGGGUGACAAUGCUGGGCAUCUGACAUGGCUGUUAACGCCUGCUGAGGUGAGAAGGGUUUUAGGGCUUAGGAUUGACUUCAGGCCUGAGGCAAUUUCUGCUUUGAGACUGUAAAUUGCGUGUUUAAAUGUAUUUGAUACUUUUUAACGUGAUAUAUAUCAUAAACUUUUACUCUUUUACUUUUUUUCCUCAAUUGCUGUCAUGGACAUGCUCCGAGCUAUUUUUCCUCAAUUGCUGUCAAAUUUAUUGUAUGC